AUGCGCUCCAUCGGCGUGAACUCGCGCCGCGUGGCGUUCACAAACGACGUGGUGACGACCAUCCCCUGCGCCAGCCCCCGCAACAGCCGGCUGGCCUCGAUGCCGGCCUGCCCGCUCGCGCCGAUACCGACGGGGCGGGACGUGUUUGGGGACCGCGUCUACUUCUGGGACGACUACCAGCACAUCGCGGGCACUGUUGAGUUCACGCCCGCCGAGCUGCCAGUCCAGCGGGACUCCUGGAAGCGGACUGAGAUGCACGUUCCGGUCUGGGGGGACCUCCCCCACGCCGCCCACACCUGCUCCUAUGCCUGCUUCGCGAGCCAAUGGGUCGCGGACAACACGCACAACAGCUGCCUGCUGGCGGACCCCCCUCUGGAGGGGUACAGCUACUGUCGCGGCUUCCCGCCGACUUCCAACGCGCAGCGGCGGCGCGCCACCAACGCGAUGCGGCUGGGCGGGGCGUGA